CAGAAUGGGGCAGAGCAGGGAGGGGGUGAGUUGCCUGCUGGACGGGACUGAAACGUCCUUCAUAUAAACCGGUGACAAAGUGGCGAGCAGUGGGCCCCCGGGCGGCAGAGAUCAGAGCCAGUACACAGACGCAGAGACCGAGAAGAGGAGACCGAAGCACCGAGCAGCGCGCACGGCGGUGACUGGAGCCACAGCAACACAACGAGGAGACCCGCGAACACAACCAAACUAAUCCGGACGGAGCCGCAUUUAUUCCCGCCUACAGAGAUGGACCUCACCUCAUCCUCUUCGCUAUUAAUUUGCGUGGUUUUGGCGGCCGCCCUGAUUGGCGGGACCCGCUCGGAGGGGGUGUGUCUUCAAGAUGGUAAACACAAGGCCACGCCCAGCCCGGAGCCACACCUGACGGAGUGCUCUCUGUAUGCAGACAAUAGCUGCUGCACACAAGAACAAAUCCAGGACAUCUCUCAUGUUCCUUCUGCCAAUAAUCAGAAUGAACCCUGGGACAAGUGUGGGUCCCUCAGCCCUGAGUGUGAAGGCUUCCUGAAGCGCGUGCUGUGUUUUUACCGCUGCUCCCCUGACGCUGCUCGCUGGCCUCAUCCUCAGCGCAGCUCAUACAUCCAGGCUGUUCCUCUCUGCCAUAGCUUCUGCCGUGAUUGGUUUGAUGCCUGCAGGAUGGAUUUGACUUGCGCCCGUAACUGGGCCAGAGACCCCAGGGGACAGAACUGCACUGGAAACUGUGUUCAGUAUCAGCAGAUGUACCAGCACGGCAGAGAUCUCUGCGAAAGCCUGUGGGGUGAUGCCUUCAUGACGGUCGAGGAUGAGCCGGAGGAGGUUGGAGAGGCCGGAGAAAUCGGAGUGGAUGUCGAAGGCGUUCGUCCCUGCGGCUGCCUGACUCUCAGCCCCUCGGACAAGGACGUGAUCGCCGCUCUCAGAGCCCAGCAAGACGACCCGGAGGAGCUGGAUACCACCAAGACCGGCUUGCCUCAGUACCGGGCCCCUUGCCAGGCCAAGCUGCCCGUGCAGCCCAGAAUGGGAAACUCCGUGCUGCGUAAGCGCUCGGUGGAAGUGGAAGACGUGGAGGGGAGUGGCAGCGGUUUGUAGAUGGUGAUACAUGUAUUCUUAGUGAUAAUCCUCUAGAUCGUCAUAUACAAAAAUCAAUCCCUUGAAAGGGAGUUAUAUCCUUUCUCCUCUAACUAAACUAAACCAUACAAAUUUAAGCUCUCAUUACUAUCUUCAAAUCGCAGGCAUAACUUCUUUGAUUUACAAAAAUGAUCUGAUAAUCUGAUUUAAGUGACAAGCUUAUGAACACCCGAUCGAUUCUUUGAACAGCCAGGAUUAAACGAAACACCAAGAAAAAAUUUUCAAAUGAAUUUAAGAAGACUACUCAAAGCUGAGUAGUCUCAAUAUUUUGAAAGGGCUCAAUAACAAAUACACUUAAGACAUCCCAUGAUGGCUGCAAAAUGUUUUUAUUGCCAGCUAUCAAGAGCAUCUUUAGUGGGAAUUUGCUUUUAUGGCUCAGUGUAACACGUGGUCACAUGGUAAAAGUCCUGCAGUAUUAGCACUUCUGCAUGAGUCAAACAUGUCAAACCCAAAGUACUACAUUUCAUGACAAUGUUGAAAACAAUAUAUCACCAUCCCGCUACUUAUCUCAACUGUCUACUAGCUGGCUUUGAUUUGUGCUUUAGUCACUUGUUAAAUGCAUUAAUUAGUCCUGUGAUUCCAUAAUGUGCAGUCUGCUUGUCAUGGAGUUUAUGAUAGUGGAGAACGUCAAAAGUUUUAAUCAUAAUUUUGAAUGUAUCUGAGAUUUUUCCAACACAGUUAACUGACCUGAAAGCAAGUGUUCUGGUAUGAGAACAACAGCGCCUAAUACCUGAGGGGAAGGUUUAGUAUUCAGAAACAACAUCGGAGUAAAUCAGCAGGGGCUGCAUCCGUGCCAGAUAAGGUUGCUCCGGUAGUUCGGUCAUGUAUCACUGAUGUACUGUGGGUGUUUUAUAAGUAGGCCAUGUGUUUCUACAGUUGGGAACUGUUAGAUGUAAAUGUUUUAUAAGAAAACAAAAAGGGAGAACUAAUUUGUUUGAUUUACCAUAAGCUUGCUGAAAUGAGUGUUUCUGUGCUUUUCUUUUCAUUCUCAAUAAAAACAUUUCUAAACAUU